GCUAACAAGACUCACAGAGAACUUUAAAGCUUGCACGGAAGAAUCUAGAAGCAAAACAGUCAUGUUAGCGAGAUCAAAUAGCAUGAUUUUGUCGAUCCCCGUGAAUAACUUUGAUUACAGGCCGAUGCCACGAAGCAAAGAGCCUGAAAUUUUCACUUUCGAGCAGGUUCCUGUCCACGCGCCGCCGCGCAACACGCCGGUGCGGCAACGGAGGAAGAACACUCGGGUCAUGUACCCGGCUACUGUUCGGAAGUAUCUCCCGCCGGCCGAGAAGAGCCCGGCAAAGCGCUGGCUGCUCAUCCUCUGUCUCGUGGUGUUCCUGCAGAUCUACACUGAGGAGACCAACGUCGAGACGACGACGGCGACCGCCGCCGAGAACUCCGCCGCGGACGUACCAAGCGAGGACCUGUCCUUCCCGCAGUACCAGCUGCUCCCUUUCCAGUCCGCCGAGCAGCAGGCUCGCGAGAUGAAAAGCCUGUCUGCGGAGGGCCAACGGAAAGCGCGAGAGGAGCAACAAAAAGCGCCGGAACAGAGUGUCCUGACCCGGCUCCUGAAGUGGACGUGUCCCCGCCGCGGCGCUAAGGUGGUUUCCUUGUACGAGCGGAGCAGAAGGAACAGCUACGUCGUGGCUCUCCUCUACCCGGUUUACCACAGACUGGGCAGCGAAAAGUGAAGAGACUAUGGCACCGACACGCCGGGAUACGACCGCGGUACUCAGAGCCGAUGGGGCUGGCGGACAUUCGCCUCUGGCGAGGAACAGUUACGCGAAGGAGUAACCAGCUGCCCCGCUGAGACUUAAAGACAUUCCUGAAACACCGGAGAACUUGAAGAACUGACUUGAACAAUAUAGCACGUUACUUGAAGGAAACAUUACAACGAUGUUAUUAAGAAGAAAAAAACCCUUGAAGUUGACAGUAUUGUAGAUCUAUUGUUAGAGUGCACUGUAGAUGUAGGCGAUGACGUACGUAGCCUACAGGUACCUUCCUCUGGAGAAAAGUUUCUGCUGACGUCGUCGGUCGGCGAGAAGAGCACCGCAAGAAAUACACCUCGAUACUACUUGAAACGAUUUACUCAUGUUGUCUAACCUGUCUAAG